UUCAUUCCAAUGAACCGCGACAUAAUUCUUUUUAAACGACACUCAUAAUAAAUAUGACUAUUUGUCAUUACUAGUGUCCAGGAAUAAUAUUCCCAAGCAGAAAUAAAGCCAUAAAUCCCUGUAUAUGGGCGGGUUCGUCCGUGAUCCAGCAGGAAUGGGUGUAAUUAAACUUCCUAAAAUAACUCUGCUUGAAGUGAACGCAAUGGCUGCGGUGAUAACACGACAGAUCGUUCGCUCCGUUCAGGAGAGCAAACGCGCUUCACACGAUCUCUGCAUCUCUGAUCUCAGUGACUGUCUGAUAUUUGAUCGGCACGGGCUCUCUAAAACCUUCAGCAGUUUGUUUCAACACAACAAAGCCAUCAUUAUUUUCGUGAGGAACUUCUUGUGCUACACAUGCAAAGAAUAUGUGGAGGAUUUGGGCAAAAUACCUCAGCAAAUGUUGCAGGAAUCGAAUGUCAGAUUAGUAGUGAUUGGACAGUCAUCGUGGUGUCAUAUAGAGGCUUUCUGCUCCCUGACAGGCUAUUCUCAUGAAAUAUAUGUUGAUCCGGAGAGACAAAUUUACAAAAAACUUGGAAUGAGAAGAGGAGAGACAUACAUGGAGACACCUUGCAGCAGUCCACAUGUGAAAUCUGGUGUGCUGGUCGGGAGUCUGAGGAGCUUGUGGCGCGCCGUGACCAGCCCUGUGUUUGACUUCCAGGGAGAUCCGCUGCAGCAAGGCGGAGCUCUGAUCGCAGGCCCAGCUCCAGAGGUUCAUUUUGCCCAUUUUGACAUGAACCGGCUGGACCACAUGCCCAUCAACUGGUUGCUUCAGUUAGCUGGCCUUCAAACGCUGGACUUCAGCGAGUCGCACAAAAUCAUUGAUAUCUAAAGGAAAAGGAGCUGUUAAGUCAUGAUGGAACUGCGCUCGAUGCUUGUAGCUGUUAUAAUGCAAUGCUGGUCUUUGUUUGAACUCUAUAAUGGCUCAUUAUUGUUGUUGUAUAUAGUAUUGUUUUUAUAUAUUAUUUAUGUUUGAUAGGAACAAGCCAUUCCACUGCUAGUGACCCUUGAUUAUAUUUGUUACAUUACAAAAAAAAUAAA